AUGACAAACGUGCUGAGUACGACAUAUCAGAGUGUUCAUUUGAACCCUGGAGAUCUCAUGUUGAGCUCCAUGAGAGAGUCUAUUACUCAAUUGGAAAACCAAAUUACUCAUACUAGAAACAGUCAAGAUCUUAUGAUAAAAAACAUAACUGUCCUGUCUGAUUAUCUGCACGGUUUUAACGAAUCCGAAGUCCCAUAUGAUUUACAAGUGUAUGUAGACAAACUCCAUGACUCCAAACGCAGGAUUGCAGCUACUGAGACGACAAUGGGUCAACUUCAUGAUCGUUUGAGUCGUUUACAAAGACAAAUUGCGAGAGAAGUUUACAAUACGAAAAAAUUGAUUCUUGGAAACGUUUAUCCACCACCAGAGAAAUAA